AUGAUUAAAACCAUUCUAAUUCGUAUAAUGAAUCAGAAAAAUGAGGAGAUAGGGAGUUCUGGGGAGUAGAUCCUCAGUAUCGGCUUGUAGAAAGUAUUCUAAGAACUAUCAAAACCAUUUGAUUCUGCAUUGCAACCUGAAUAAAUAAUUCGACUCUUAAGUGUCUUCCAUUGGAUGAUUCAAUAAUGUUCACUUCCGAAGGAAAUAUUUGCGGAUUGCAAUAUAGGCAUGAUAACAAAAACUCUCGAUACUAGUUUUGCUUUAGAGAGAUUACCUACUGAAUUAAACUUGACAAUUUCCAGAAGUAUGAAUGUGGCACCCAGUUGGAAUAGCACACCCAAAUAGACUUUGGAGUAAAAUUAUUUCAGGGAGGAACCGGAAUGCAGAAAGAGUGUAACAGACAAGAAAGUCCAAUUUCAAGAAUUGAGGGAUCCUCUAACUUACCAACAGAUUCUGCAAGUCUAUUACAUCUAUUUGAAGAGAGUGUGCAUGCAACAGCUUUGUGAAAUCCCCAUAAUAGAUUGUUUCGUCAUCUAAAAUAUCUAAUGCUUGGGAUUAAGGAUCAUUGAAGGAUAGAGAAAUUAGAAACUUCGUUAUUGUUUUGAUCUAAUCAUCAAAGACCUCAUUGCAUAUCAGAAUCAGACUCUUGAUUUGUUGUCUAAAUUAACGAGCACUCAUGAUGUCAAUCAGAUCCAGGAGAUUUAUUUACAAAUGUAUUUGGUUAGCAAGCAAUUGAAAUAUUACUGUAAUUUGAAUAGAUGCAAUUUUGAUUAAUCCAAGUUCAAAGAGUUCAAGAAGAAUCACAAUUUCUGCAGGUAAAAGUAUAAGAUAUGCGAAUCCAAAGAGAGAAUGGAAAGGGAGGAUUUGAAGGACUCCCACAACUUUUAUAAGUAUGAAAGAACACAAUUAUAUAACUAAUUUUGA